AUGCCCCAACCAGUAGCAAGUGAGGCCACCUGUGCCUCGAAAGGUCUGCCCAGCCAAAGUGCUGAUCAUUACGGGAAUGUGCCUGGAGAUGAGCCAACUGAAGAUCGGAUGGCUUGCAGCUCCUCCGCCAAGCUUUUCACGCAGGCUGCAAAGCUACCGCCUGCGAAGAAGUUUCCGUCACGAGGGCUGGCUGUCAGAGAGGGUUGUUCCAUGCAUCCUGAGGAUCAAAGAAGCCAGAUCAAAGAAUCUCUUCCUUUGUCCCGUCCGAUUGUGCACAGGACGCGGUCGUCAAGUCAUCGCCACCGCGAGAAGAUUCUGAUGGUUCUCGAUGCCACGAAGGAUGAUGCUCAGCGACAGCUGCUUACGAAGGAGCUGAACGAUGUCGGCAUCCGCCUCAACAAGGCACGGCCCAAGAUCUCCGUCACGAAGACGAAGACCGGAGGCUUCAAGUUCAAUGCCACCUGCACGCUCACCGAAAGUCUUUGA